AUGAAGUACUCCAUUCAGUGCCUUUUGCUGGCGGCGUCUUUUUCUGUUGUUGAUGCCGAGCGUGUGUUGGGUGCGUAUAUUUUUGCGCGCCAUGGAGAUCGUACACCCAAGGUUUUUGGUAGCACUCAAUUGACCGAUCUGGGCUAUCGAGAGGUUUUUGAUUCGGGAUCCUUUUAUAAUAAGCGAUACAUUUCGUCGAAUUCUUCCAAGCAGAUUGAGGGCAUUAGUGCCGAUGUUGUGAACCCAAAGCAGAUCAGUGCCUCUGCUCCCUCGGAUGCUGUACUGCAAAACUCUGCCACUGGCUUCUUACAGGGUGUAUAUCCCCCCGCGGGGAAAGUGGCCUCCCAGACCCUAGCCAGUGGAAACUCCGUCGAGGCACCAUUGAAUGGCUAUCAACUCAUUCAGUUGACACCGGCCACUACAAGCAAGAACGCCGAGGAUUCCACCUGGUUGCAAGGCUCUAGUGGAUGUCAGAAGGCAACCGUGAGCAGUGACAAUUACUUUUCCUCGGAGAUGUACACCUCGCUGCUAUCCUCAACCAAGGAGUUCUACCAAUCGCUUUCACCUAUGCUGGAUGGCGCAUUCGCCUCGUCUGAUAUGACCUUCAAGAACGCCUACACCAUCUUCGACUACUUGAAUGUCGGCAAGAUCCAUAACACUACCCGUCAAUUCCCUCACAAGUCAGACCUGACUGACGAGGUUUAUCACCAGCUAAUUGCUCUAGCUGGAAGCCAUGAAUUCAACCUGGCCUACAACUCCUCUGAUAAAGUGCGUGCCAUCGACGGUGCCGUCCUAGCGGGCGAAAUUUUGGCCGGACUGAACGAGAUCAUCACCUCCAAGGGCAAGUCCAAGUUGAACAUUGGUUUUGGCUCUUACGGAACCAUCUUCUCUCUCUUCGGUCUUUUGCAGAUGCCUGCCGCGUCCGUUAACUUCACCGGAAUCCCAGACUACGCCUCGUCAAUGGUUUUCGAACUAGUGACCAAUACCAGUGGCACUGACUUCCCAGCUGACAAGUCCGACCUCAGCGUGCGUUUCAUGUUCCACAAUGGUACCAUCACGGGAUCCUCUGAGCCUACUGCAUACCCCCUAUACGGCCAGUCAAGUGAGCUUCUCUCCUGGGACGACUUUUCCUCGAAGACCAAAGAGAUUGCCGUUACUUCCGAUGAGGAGUGGUGUACCAUGUGCGGUAACAUCGACGGCAAGUGCGCUAGUUCGAACAGCAGCAGCGACUCCAGCUCUGCUAGCACUUCUAGCACUAAUGGCUCGGGAAUGUCCCUCGCUGUGGCGGGUGUCAUUGGUGCUAUGGUUACCCUCGCGGUAAUCCUUGGUCUGCAGGCUAUUUUCUUCCUGCUUGGUGGAUUCCGCAUUGCAAAGCGGAACAAGGCUAGCCCUGAGACAAUGAGCUCCCCUGCCGGUGUGGAGGCGGAAAAAAAGGUGUAG